GUUUGCUGAUAGGUACUAAUAAAUUAUACAUAUGUAUUCAUUCUUAAUGAAAUUGAAAACAGUGAUACAACAUAGUAACUUAAUCAUAUUUGCCUUUAAACGCGAUAAUUUAAUUAUUAUUCUAAAAAGUGGUAUAAAAAAAAAUUAUGAAAACAAUGUUGAAUUCAUCUGUCUAUUUGAAAUUUAACCUUUAAAAAUUGUUCAAAUUGUUUUAAAACUCUAAAUUUAUUUUAAUUUGUUUUUAGUGAGAUUUAAAAUUUAAGGUAGAAUCUCAAACAUACACCCAUACCUAAUUAAAAUCUGCUAUUAGAUAUCUACACACCUCUAUAAUUAUUAAUAUUAUAAAAUGUAUAUAAUAUAUUCACAUUUCACAAGAUUAUUGAAUAAUAAUUUGAAUUAAACAUCAACACUUUCAACCUACCCAAUUACACACAUAUGUAUUUUUUUUUUUUUUUUUAAUACUAGAAUAUUAAUAUGUUUUCUAUUGAUUUAUUUAAAAAAAAAUUGUAUUUAAUAUUUUUAAUUUUGAUGCUAUUUAUUUAUAUUCCUUUUUUAAAUAAUAAGAAAAAACAUUCACCAAAUUUUGAAUAAUACUUUUAAUCUUUUAUUUAACUAUCAAUGUUAGAAAUAUGAUCAAAUAACUAAGAUAACUGUUUCCUAAAAUUUAUGUGGAUUGUGGAAGGUCAAAUAGCAUCGAUAAAGCUAUUAUUCACUGUACUACACGAGCAAUGAACUCAGUUAUAAUUGUUUAGUGAUAUUUGUAUAUAUUUAUUUGUAAUGUUAAUAUUUUAAUAUUUCAGUGCACAAAUUAAUUAAUCAAAAUGUAUUAUCCAAUUUCUCUAAUUAUUAUUGUUAGUUUUGUGGCAGAACUAACAAUUUGCAUUGAAAAUCCUAUUAUUGGGGUGUUAACACAAUCAACUAUUACGUCAAGCUUUAAAUAUUCUAAACCAUUAAAUAGUUCAUACAUAGCAGCAUCUUACGUGAAAGCAAUUGAAGCUUCUGGAGGAAGAGUAGUACCAAUUUUUACUAAUAAAACUACGGAAUAUUACAAGUAAUUAAUAACACAAAAAUUAAAUGUCAUACUACAAAAUAAACAAUUAAUUUUUAAUAAACUCUUUUUUAUAGAGAUAUUGUGAAUCAAGUUAAUGGAAUUUUAAUUCCUGGAGGAGGAGCUAAAUUGAACAAUACUUAUGGAAUUGGUAGAUCAGCCAAUGAAAUUUUUAAUAUAGCCAAAAAUGUAAAUAGUAUACUAACAAAUAACUAAUCAACUUGGUAAAGAUUAAAAUUGCAGUGGAAUUUAAUUAAAUCACAAUUGCUCGGAGCAAAUAUGGCCAGGUGCAUACAUAAAAAAAAAUUUAAGAGGUUUAAGAUUGAAUCUGGAUACUACUCAAAAUGCACAAGACUUAGCAAAGCAAAUUAAUGUUUUAUAAAUAACAUAAAUAAAAAAAGCAUGGACACAAGUUUCUCCAUUAACAAUAACUGUUUCAUAAAAGCAGAAUUUUUAUCCAGUGAACCUAUAGAAAUGGAAAAUGAAGUAAAUGUCAAUAAGUUGACCAAACUUACGGAACUUCUCCUGUUGGCUCGAAAUAGCGAUUUUUCACAAAUAGAUGAUAAUUUAUCAAUAUAAUGCAGCUCAAACGAUAUAUACAAUCUUUAUCCUUAUUUUUUCAACAUUAUUUUUUUAAGACAGUACCCCUUUAAUUUGUUUAGUUACAUGAGUAAUAUGGGUAAAAUUUGGAAAAUCUCACUCAACCCCUUUUAGUGUCACAUUAGGGUUGUAAUAUGACAAAAAAGGGUAGUUUUCUUAUUAUUUUAUUUAAUUCAAAAACUAUCGCACUUGACUUAAAAAUGUAAAAACCUUAAUGAUUUAUUUUAUUAUUAUCUAUAAAAGAUCACUUUAUGGAAAUCAUCGUAAAUCCAUUAUUUUUAAAGAAAAAUGACUAAGUAUCAAGAUAUUGUAUUGAUUUAUUGAUAUUUCAACCCUAAUGAGGCACCAUUAAGGAUUGAGUGAGACCUUCCCAAUUUUACCCAAAUUACUUACUCAUGUAACUUAACAAUUUAAGAAGAUUGAGUAUUACAUUUUCAAAAUAAAAUAUUUUACCUAUAUAAUAAAUAAAUAACCACCCUAAUAUAUAUAAAAAUAUAAAUUCACUAAUACAUUAAGGAGAUAUUUCAAGUAAACUAUGUAGGUAUUUUUGUAUUUAAACUUAAAACAAAAAAAUACCAAUAUAUUUUGAAAAUCCAAAGUAACAUUUUUAUUAUAUUCUCCUUAAUAAAUAUAAUAUUCUUACUAGGUAUAAAUAUAUUUAAAUAUGGAACUAAAAAAAACAAUUUUUAUGAUAAUCACAUGUAAGACUCUAUAACAUAUUAAACCUUAUACUGAAAUUUGCACAAAAAGUUUAAUAACAUAUCUCCAAUAGUUUUACAUGGAAUUAUUGGUAAAACUGAAUUCACCAGUUUAAAUUUUGUCCAAUUAAACAAACUAGUGACAACAAAAUCUGAAGGCUACAACACUUCACUCUUAAAAAUCAAGGAAAAACAAAACAGAAUUGACUAGUUGUUCUCAUUUCAAAAAAAAAAUAUGCAAUUCCUUUUCUAUGGUUUUAUUUUUAUUUUUAUAGUUUGACUUAUAGAUAAUUAUUUAUUAUAAUACUAAUUUUCUUCAACAAAUUUCACUGCAAUACAAUAUAUAUGAAAAAUAAAUCUCAUUAUUUUACUAUACAAACAUAAUAUGUUUCAGAUAAAUGAUAUGAAAGACCAUUUUCCAAUACUUGGAAUUUGUUUAGGAUUUGAACUUCUAUUAACUGCAUCUAUCAAUGGACAAAAUCCUCUAUCAAAAUGCAGUUGUGAAGGAGUGAAUUUAACUUUAACAUUAAUCCCAGAAAUGGAAGAAAAAAGUGUACUAUUUAAAACAAUGCCUCAAGAUAUCAAAAAUAUACUACUGACAGAACCAGUCACAGCAAAUCACCAUAGGUAUUAACAUUAUUGUUUAUAAUUAAAUUACAUAUCUUAACAAAUUUUCCUAAAUAUUUAUACAACUGCUAUAUUAUUGUUUUUUUCCCUAGUUUUUGUAUGAAAAAAAAAAAUUUUGUGCCAAAGAAUUUAGACAAAUUUUGGAACCCUAUAACAAGUAAUAAAGAUAAACAAAAUUUGACAUUUAUAUCCAUAAUAGAAGCCAAAGAUUAUCCAUUUAUAGGACUACAGUUUCAUCCAGAAAAAAAUGCCUAUGAAUGGAAAAGAAAAGAUCCUCAUAGUUGGUCAGCAAUAUAUUCAGCACGUUAUUUUUUUGAUUGGUUUAUAAAUGAAACUCGUCUAAAUAAUCACACAUUUAUAAACCAAAAAACAUUGAAUAAGAAUAUUAUUUAUAAUUACCAACCAACAUAUGUUAAGAGUUUAAAUUCGUCAUUUGAACAAGUAUAUUUUUUUGAUAAUUAAACUUUUUAAAAGAAAAUUACUUUAAUCAAAAUAUAAAUACAUACCG